CGUCCUUAGUCGAUUCUGAAUCCGCUACUCUACCUUCGAUUCCGAAAUGUCCUUCCUCGGCACUCCACGAUUCUGCAAUCUGUGCCAUUUUCCUAUUCAGGCCGGUGAACACAUUCAAUCAGUCACUCAUCCUGCUAAGUCUCCGGAAGACAGCCCAACCGACGGCGUGAUACCAUCUCAAUCAUUCCAAUUUCAUCAGUUCUGUGUCGACAUUUGUUCUGCCUUCGGGGAAGCUCGAUCGCUGGGCGAGCUCGGCCAAGCUCUGAGGCCCGCUCUCCCAGUGGAUGAGCCCCCUAGCCUGGAACAUGCCCUCCGGAUUCUCAAGCAUUCUUGUUGCCCGCAAAUCUUAUCGUCGAAAGUUAAAAAUCCCUGCAAUAGCCAACAAAACUGCGACUGCUUGAAAUGCAUAUUCAGGUAUCUCUCUAAGUUGCCGCCAGAGGUGUUUACCGAGAUCAUUUUUAUGGCUGAGCCAAGCAACAUUCCAAGAUUGCUCACGAUCUUUGGCGAGACAUCGAAACUCUUUUCGGAGCUCAAGAACAGACCGGCUCGCCAUAUUACUCUAUCGUGCCAAGGCGAUGUCUUCCAAACUUCCAUCGAGUACGGCGACAAAUCGUAUGUCACUGGACUUUAUGAUCAGGAGGUCCCUCACUCGAAAAAGAUCAAGUCAAGAGAUACAUUAUGUGAUCAUCUGGCCGUAUGGUCAGACAAAAUCGGUGUCAUCAAAGCUGAAUUCCUGCGUUCCAAAGUCUCCACUUCUGGGCACGAAGUCAAAUGGAUCAAGGACGACCGGCCACCAAUCGAUCAUACACCUAUCAGAUGCCGAAACUGUUUGAACUUGAACGUGAAGCAUCCUCUCACUACACGAUCGAAACGCGAGUGGGUAUAUACUAUCGCUAUCACCGAGGCUCGUGUGUGUCUAAGAUCAAAGGUAUUUGCUCAUUUUAAAAAGUGGUGCACGCUUCUAACGAUAUUGUAGGGCGUUUUCGUCGAAAGAAUUUCGUCCUCACUCCUUAGCCAGUGUCAAAUUUUUUGGGAUUGCUCAAAAUCAUCAAUGCUGCUCCCUCGAAAUUGUCAAGAGGAGGUUUCUCUUGCGACACCACACACAGAUCUUCUUCUUCGAUACGUUCCUCUGCAAAAAGCGUCUGCCAUUUCGUUCGCAUUCACUUCUGGAAGAAUCAUUGCCAUGACGUCCCA